AUGUUUGUGCUGUCAAUAUACAAACACACGAUCGUCGACGCGCGUCUCGAUCGUGCAGAAAAGACAAGCACGCUGAGUAAAUUAGAACUGACUGAACCCAGCAGCGUCAGUGUGGGCACACAAAACGGUGUCCAGGACACACGGGGACGCAACUCCAUCAGCAUUGGUCAGAAGGCCGGCAAAACAAGCCAGGGACACGACACGAUUGCCAUCGGGUUUGGGGCCGGGCACCGCGCACAGGGCGACAAUUCCAUUGCAGUUGGCAAGUUUGCCGGUCCAAACGCGUAG